CACUGCUCGGCGCUUCCACACAGCUGCUUAGCGUCUCAGCUCGGCUCGGGGAGUUCCCUGCAUGCUUUCUGCUAACGGAACGAGACCCCGCGACGGUUUAGAGCGUGGAGCCUGCCAACGUUUACUACAAGCACUGAUGUAGCAGCUCUCUCUACCUCUGCUCCCCAGUGCCUCACUGCAUGACCUCAGACAACAGAUAGGAAGCCCACAAAGGAGAAACAGCCCAUUCCUCACCCCGGGCUCCUGAUGAUGAUGCUCAGCGUUUGGCUCAUCUUUAGCAGAACGAGCAGCAGACAUUGUUCUACAUAGGUGUUGAAAACCUCCACUGGGGCUUGGGGAGUCAUUAAAGUUAUCCCCUUGCCCACCCCCUCUCCCCGUUUAUCCUCUUGAAUCUUUAAGAUUAUAUAUAUUUUUCUCCUGGUUGGCUUGAGUCCGGUUCUGCCGGCCGUGUGACUUUUCAAAACUGGGGCGGGAUUCAUGGGAUGCGACCAUGUCGGAUCUCAGUGAGCGUAGGCCGGUCAACACGGACUAUGCUGUCUCCCUGCUGGAGCAGCUCAAGUUCUUCUAUGAACAGAAGUUACUGACUGACGUUGUCCUGCUGGUGGAGGACACAGAGUUCCCGUGUCACAAGAUGGUCCUGGCCACGUGUAGCUCCUAUUUCAGGGCGAUGUUCAUGAGUGGCCUCAGCGAGAGCACGCAAACCCAUGUCCACCUGAGGAAUGUGGACGCAGCCACCCUGCAGAUUAUUAUCACCUACGCCUACACGGGCAACCUGGCCAUCAGCGACAGCACAGUGGAACCGCUCUACGAGACCGCCUGCUUCCUACAGGUUGAGGAUGUCUUGCUGCAGUGCAGAGACUAUCUGGUGAAGAAGAUAAACGCUGAGAACUGUGUCCGCAUGCUGAGCAUUGGUGACCUCUACAGCUGCAGCGAGCUGAAGCAGAGCGCCAAGCGUAUGGUGGAGCACAAGUUCCCCAAAGUGUACCGACAGGAGACCUUCCUUCAGCUGUCCCAUGAGCUGCUGAUAGACAUCCUGAGCAGCGACAACCUCAACGUGGAGAAAGAGGAGACUGUGCGUGAGGCCGCCAUGCUGUGGUUGGAGUAUAACAUGGAGGCACGUUCGCAGCACCUGUCCUCUGUGCUCAGUCAGAUUCGCAUCGAUGCGCUGUCUGAGGUGACCCAGCGUGCCUGGUUCCAGGGUCUGCCACCUAACGACAAGUCCGUUGUGGUCCAGGGCCUCUACAAAUCUAUGCCCAAGUUCUUCAAGCCACGGUUAGGCAUGACUAAAGAGGAGAUGCUGAUCUUCAUGGAGGCCAUGUCAGAAACUCACGGCGAGGGUUAUGUGUUGUCCUCGUCCAUGUCUACCACAGUAGUGUGUUACAGCCCACAGGCAGAGAAAGUUUACAAGCUCUGCAAUCCCCCAGGAGACCUGCAGAAGGUGGGAACACUCGUGACCCCUGAAAACGACGUGUUCAUCGCUGGUGGGCAGAUCCCUCUCAAAAACUCCAUCUCCAACCAUGGCAAGAGUGGCAAGUUACAGGCGGUUUUCCGCUCAGUUGAUAGUUUCUUCUGGUUUGAUGCCCAGCAGAACUCCUGGGUGCCCAAAACCCCCAUGCUGUGUGCCCGAAUCAAGCCUUCGCUAGUCUACUGCGAUGGCUAUAUCUAUGCAAUCGGAGGGGAUAAUGUCGGAGGAGAGCUGAAUAAACGCACGGUAGAGCGCUACGACUGUGAGAAGGAUGAGUGGGCCAUGGUGAGCCCGCUACCGUUCGCCUGGAACUGGAGCACCUCUGUGGUGGCGCACAACUGCAUUUACGUGAUGACCCAUGAUUUGAUGUACUGCUACCUGCCCCGAGCAGACACCUGGGUGGAGAUGGCCAUGCGCAAGACGAGCCGCUGUUUCGCAUCCGCAGCUGCAUUUGGAGAUCUCAUUUUCUACAUCGGUGGCCUCCACGUCGUCAGCAAUUCCGGCAUCCGCCUGCCGACGAGCACCAUUGACGGUUCCUCUGUAACUGUGGAGAUUUACGACGUCAAGAAGAAUGAGUGGCGCGUGGCGGCAAACAUCCCUGCCAAGCGCUACUCAGACCCGUGCGUGCGGGCUGUGGUGCUGCUCAACUCGCUUUGCAUUUUCAUGCGUGAAACCCACAUGAACGAGCGUGCCAAGUACGCCAUCUAUCAGUAUGAUGUGGAGCUCGACCGCUGGUUCCUGCGGCAGCCUGUGUCCGAGCGUGUGCUAUGGGAUCUAGGCAAGGACUUCCGCUGUACGGUGGGAAAGCUGUACCCCUCCUGUUUGGAGGAAUCCCCCUGGAAACCUCCAACAUACCUUUUCUCCCCCGAUGGUGCGGAGGAGUUCGAGGUGGACGGUGAGCUGGUGGCCCUCCCUAACGUAUAGCUCUUAAGCUCCCCUCUCCUAACUUUCCAACUGAACUGGCAGACUAUAUUACUGAGGAAUAAACCAUAAGGGGAGGGGGCUCAUUGGAUCGCUAGAAAACAAAAGGAUUUGACGUUCUGUGUUGUUGAGGGAGCUUUGGACUUCGGAGGUUGUUGCUGACAAGCAGUGCAGCCCAAAAAUGAGUUUGGAGCAAAAUAAUACCCCCCUCAAAAAUAUUAGUAAUCUUUAAAAAAUAAUGUUUUUUGUUUUUUUGGUUCAUUGGUUUUCUUUUUUCUUGCCAGUGACAUCUGUUUAGAUUUUCCUGCAUUUGUCAUACUGUUUCAACUAGAGCCCGACUGAUAGCAGAUGGGCAUGAUAUAACUGAUCGGCAUGAGGUCAUUCAGGGGUCAUAAAGGUUAUCCAAGUGGAUUAGACUCCAGUGUUUCCCAUAAAUUAGAAUUCUGUUUGUGGUGGUCACUUCCUGAAAGGAAUAAAUAAAUAGUACUGUUUUAUAAGGUGCUACUCUGCAAUUUUUAAUUGCCUUGGUCUCUGUGACAAAUAAGUGCAAUAUAAUCAGCUACCUCUCCAGUGAGUCUUUCAUCCCUCAGUGUUGAACUGCUGCUGGCGCCGGUAGGCAGGUUCUGGUUUAAGUGAUCCCUCCUGCUCCCAGGAGGAGGAGACUUAUCAGCAGGAGUCCACCACAUGGGUAAAGGCUCUCUGGAGAGGCAGCUGAGUGAUAUUGAGGACCGCCACAGCACGAGCCAGUCAGUGGGGAAAUAUGAAGCAGAAAGGGUGUGAACUUUCAAAAUAAGUGUCUAAAUUCUGCUAAAGUUGCCAAACAUAUUUUGGAGAUCUUGCUUCAAUAACAUCUGCAUGUGGGGAAACACUGGACUCCGUUGUUUACAUUACACUCAGCACUGUCUGCAGCACAUGUAGCAGAGUAGGAAACACAACAUCAAAUCACUCUUCGUCCCAUGACGGGUAUUGAACAGUCCGCCUCCAACAGUAAAUGAUCAUAAAUGAUAAUGAUCGCAUAAUUUUCCUUUUUGAGUAUAAUCUGAAAUGCUGUGUGUAUGCUGGUCAGCCACAACAUUAAAACUGCUUUUUCCCCACUCUCAAGGAUGGGCAUUUCAAGCCAUGUUACAUACUGAUAUUCACUGGGAACUAUUGAACAGUUGUGAUUGGUAGCUUCACCUUUAGGAGAUUGCACUGCACCUCAUUUUCGUUUACUUUUCUGAACUUUUCUAACAGUUGUAAGUCACCACUGGCUUUUAGGUUAACACAUUAAUCUCACUGAGCCAUGCAUGUUCACAGUCCAGCAUAUUAGUUGUGGUCUGCACCAGCCUCUAGGUGGAUUACAUUAUAGCCUACCAGAUACUAGUGUUUUUUUUGUUUGUUUGUUUUUUUUUGUUUUUUUAAGACCAGCAGUGGUUGUGUAACCUAUGCUAAAAUCACUACAUCCAUACUUCUGUUUACAAUACAAUGCAGUUUGUUUCUAAGCUCCCGGACUCCUCAAGCGUCCUGUGUCCAUUUCCUGAAGAGUCAAAGCUGUUCAGGCUUCAGGCAGGUGGUUCUAAUAUUGUGGCUGAUUGGAGUCUGUAAUAUUCACAGCUAUACAGAAUUUCUAAUUAAAAAUUGGCAUCUGCACCAAAUGUCCAGCAUCGUUCGGGCUCUAGUUUCUACAAUGUGAUAAUCUAAACAUCAGCUGAUGAUGAGGAUGAUGAUGCACUUAACUGGUAAACCUUCUCGUAAAUGACAAUGGCAACUGUACCAAAAUGACCCCCC